AGGCUAACGGUGACAGUGGCUGCCUCGGGGAGUGGGACUAAGGAGGGGUAGGUGGGGUUUGACAUUUUACUUUAUUAAUUUUGGUAUUGUCUGAGGGUUUUUAAACCAUAAAUAAUGUAUUAAUUUUAAAAAUGCUUUUAAAAAUCAGCAUUUUCAAUAGUUAACGGUCUAUGCUUCAACAACGUUUUCCGUUUAAAACCUGUGUGCGGCCCACACACGUAUGACAUUCUGGUUAUGUGAUUCACUGCUGAAAAAGAACUGGACGCCAGGAAAUUGGGGGUUGAGUCCGAAGCAAGGUGAACGCCGGACAUCGAGACAUGGAAUCCUAGACCGGCCCGGAAGUGCCUCUGCUCCGUCCGCCUUCGAGGAGAGGUCGGCAUCUUUCUUCCCUGCCCGGCCAUUGUUCGUGCCGCGCUUCUAGCAACGCCGGGCCGGUAACCCCCUCUCCCUCCUUGCGCGUUCCGGGUCUCGUGAGUUGGCUGCAAGCGCCUCCAAGGUUUGUCUUGAAGCAUAGCUCCAGCUGGAGGGUACCUUUUAAGCUGUUCAAGGUCAAGAUGAAUACAAACUCAAAGGAGGUUUUAUCCCUGGGUGUUCAAGUUCCCGAGGCAUGGGAAGAACUUCUGACAAUGAAAGUGGAAGCAAAAAGUCACCUUCAAUGGCAGGAAUCCAGACUGAAACGCAGUAAUCCACUGGCAAGGGAAAUCUUCCGAAGGCACUUUCGACAGCUGUGCUACCAAGAGACCCCUGGACCAAGGGAGGCUCUUACUCGACUCCAGGAACUUUGUUACCAGUGGUUGAGGCCACAUGUGAGCACAAAGGAGCAGAUUUUGGAUCUGCUGGUGCUGGAGCAGUUUCUAUCCAUUCUGCCCAAGGAGCUCCAGGGCUGGGUGAGGGAACACUGUCCAGAGAGUGGAGAAGAGGCUGUGAUUUUGCUGGAGGAUCUGGAGAGAGAGCUCGAUGAACCACAACAUGAGAUGGUGGCCCACAGACACAGACAAGAAGUCCUCUGUAAAGAGAUGGUGCCUCUAGCAGAGCAGACACCACUGAGCCUUCAGUCCCAGCCUAAGGAGCCACAGCUCACAUGUGACUCUGCUCAGAAGUGCCAUUCUAUUGGAGAGGCAGAUUUAAUACGAAGUUUGAGGAGAAGGGCAGUACUGAUCCCACUUGGGGCCCAUCUGUUCUCUACAGGCACAUUUUUAUUUUCCAAACCUGUUGUGAUCCCCCAGCUAAAAGGAGGAGGAGAAACAUGGCCUAACAACAGAGGAGUCCUAAGAGAUGAAGUAAUCAAGACUGAGGACAGAGAGUUGGUGCUAAGGAAAGACUGUCCUAAGAUAGUGGAACCACAUGGGAAAAUGUUUAAUGAGCAGACCUGGGAGGUAUCACAGCAGGAUCCCUCACAUGGAGAAGUUGGUGAACAUAAGGAUAGGAUAGAGAGGCAGUGGGGAAACCUCUUAGGAGAGGGGCAACACAAAUGUGAAGAAUGUGGGAAGAGCUUUACUCAGAGCUCAGGUCUCAUUCGACAUCAAAGAAUUCAUACUGGAGAAAGACCUUAUGAAUGUAAUGAAUGUGGGAAAGCCUUCAGUCGAAGUUCUGGUCUUUUUAAUCACCGAGGAAUCCACAAUAUACAGAAACGGUACCACUGCAAGGAGUGUGGGAAGGCCUUCAGUCAGAGUGCGGGUCUUAUCCAGCAUCAGAGAAUCCACAAAGGAGAAAAGCCGUAUCAGUGCAGCCAGUGCAGUAAGAGCUACAGUCGGCGUUCAUUUCUCAUUGAACAUCAGAGAAGCCACACAGGGGAGCGACCUCACCAGUGCAUUGAAUGUGGGAAAAGCUUUAAUCGACACUGCAACCUCAUUCGCCAUCAGAAGAUCCACACAGUGGCUGAGCUGGUCUAGGGCUUGGCUAUGAGCAAGUUUUCCAGAUCACCACCCAAGUUGUGUGGGGCAGGUUGAGACUAGAAAAUGCCUCUUUCUUCCUUUCUCCAUGAAAUGUGUUUGAAACAAAUCCUGACUUAAGGCCCAGGGACUUCCUUAAAGGAAAGUUGGGUGUUUGAAGCUACUGUUUUCUCUUUUGUUCGUUUUACCUCUUUCUUACUCUUACUAGCUGUGUCCCUCUUAUUUAUAAUUUAUUUAUUUUUUUGAGAUGGCUGCUAAACCCUUCUAAUAAUAUAAUAAAUGGCACUGCCACAGCCAACAUGCCUGAAA